AUUAAAGGACCACAAGAGAGACAGUGUCCUGCACACUUCCUUCUCUUACCACCUUCACAAAUUCUAACUGGAACUUGUUUUUUUUUCACACUUUUUCCAUUGUUCGUACCAUUUCUUCAAUUCUUUCACAUUUUCAUCAGAAAAAGGAAAAAAAAAAAGAAUAAAUGCCUCUGCUCCUUUCCUCCUCUCCACCAAUCCAUUCCUUUCCCGCCACUCCAAAACUCCACUUCCGUUCAAAGCCUCCACCACCACGCACCAUUGCACGCGCCACCCCGAGGCUCGAAGUUGAUUCUUUCACGGAGAAAUCAGGUUACCUUUUCGACCUCAGUGCCUUGGAGGCUGAGUCGUUAAUCGAUUACAGCCCGUCGAGAAUCGCCGCUAUUUAUAGAAGAAAACCUCUGAUUUUGUUGCGUCGGCUUAUUCAAAUUGGAACUACUUUUGGAAAAUGGUUCGGAGUUGGAUAUAUUGAUAAUCUCAUGGAACGAUCCGAUCAAAUGUUCAAGGUUAGAGCUGCUGAGCUUCGCAACAUUCUGGUGGAACUUGGGCCGGCCUACAUCAAAAUUGCUCAAGCUGUUUCAUCUCGACCUGAUUUGGUACCACCAUCAUAUUUAGAUGAACUCUCAUUGUUGCAAGACCGAAUAACUCCGUUUUCUACUGAAGUUGCUCUUGAUACUAUAGAGAAAGAACUUGGUUUACAGAUAGAUGAGCUUUUCUCUGAGAUUUCACCAGAGCCAGUUGCUGCAGCAUCCCUUGGACAGGUAUAUCAAGCUAGGCUACGUCGUAGUGGACGGGUUGUUGCUGUCAAAGUGCAAAGGCCUGGAGUCCAAGCUGCAAUUUCCUUAGACAUAUUGAUCUUGCGCUUUCUAGCAGGGGUGGUUAAGAAAGCUGGUAAAUUUAAUACUGAUCUUCAGGCAGUCGUUGAUGAGUGGGCAUCAAGUCUUUUUCGGGAGAUGGACUAUAGGAAAGAAGCAAAUAAUGGACUCAAGUUUAGACGUCUAUACAGUGGCAUUAAAGAUGUUUUUAUUCCAAACAUGUAUUUGGAGCACACAACUCGUAGGGUCCUUGUUAUGGAAUGGGUGGAGGGACAAAAGUUGUCUGAAGUGAAGGAUCUUUACCUGGUUGAGGUAGGAGUUUACUGCUCAUUCAAUCAGCUUUUAGAGAAUGGGUUCUAUCAUGCCGAUCCUCACCCAGGAAACCUUUUUCGCACGUAUGAUGGGAAACUUGCCUAUAUAGAUUUUGGCAUGAUGGGUGAAUUUAAACAAGAAUUCAGAGACGGAUUUAUUGAAGCUUGUCUCCAUCUUGUAAACCGUGAUUUUGAUGCACUGUCAAAGGACUUUGUCACCCUUGGCAGGCUUCUUCCACCAACUGCGGAAAAGGAGGCCGUUACAAAAGCUUUAACAGGUGUCUUCCAAAAUGCGGUUGCCAAGGGAGUCCGGAAUAUAAGCUUUGGAGACCUCUUAGGAAAUUUGGGAACUACCAUGUACAAGUUCAAAUUUCGCAUACCUUCAUAUUUUUCUCUUGUUAUUCGUAGUCUUGCUGUACUGGAGGGAAUUGCAAUAAGUUCUGACCCAAACUACAAAGUUUUGGGUAGUACAUAUCCGUGGAUUGCUAAAAAAGUAUUGACUGACGGUUCACCUCAACUGAAAUCUUCUUUGCAAGCUCUUCUCUAUAAGGAUGGUGUUUUCAGAAUUGAUCGUUUGGAAUCUCUAUUGACAGAGUCCCUUCGUGCUCGAACUGAGAAGGCCUUGGUUAAGACGCAAAGAGAAGCAAAUUCCAGGGUGGUUUUUAAGGAAAUCCUUUCUUUCACCUUAACAGAAAAGGGCACCCUUGUCAGGGAAAUACUUAUUGAAGAGCUCGCUAAGGGUUUGGAUGCACUUGGUUUGGCAACUCUUGAUUCAUUGACUUCUGCAGCUACAACACGCAUACCCUUUACUGGUUCCUUCUCAUUCUCUUUGAUGACCAAGGAAGACAUGAUCAACUUAAGAACAUUGCGUCGCCUCAUGUUUUUGUUGGCUGGUCUUGAAAGCAAUGAAAAGCCCUUUAAGGAAGUGAAUGGAGUUAGCAGCCCCAACAAUAAUCAAAGGGCAUACCUAGAGGAAUUGUCACUCCUUUCCUAUCAGCCUGCAUCAGUUUCAGAAAUUCUGGCCAUUCUUUCUAUUAUUCCCGAGCUGCCGCCAGAAUUGCAGCAGCAGUUGCUUCGCUUACCAUCUGAUCUGGCUGGAAGGUUGAUUUCCCGUGCUUCAGCUAGGACUAUCCGGAGGAUCAUUUUAUGAUGCCAAGGUGGGUUUCAGAACAAGCACAAGUGACAUACAAAUUAUCAAUUCACCGGAUGGAAACUUCAAUCGCUUAAGUGGGUUUUUGAAGCAAGAUUUACUUACAAAUAUCAAUUCUCCUCUAAAAAUUGUUAUUCAGAAUGGCAGAAUUCAGCUGGAAUAACGUAUAUAUUCCUUUUAUUUAAUAUAUCUCUUCCCAAUAGACAAUUUUUCCCUCACGAUCUCAAAUUUUCAAAGUUCAAGCUGAUUACAAAGCCCAGCAUAGCAUCACAGGAGAAAUGUAUCAGCCUCAAGGUUUUCAUGUAAAGACCUGAUCUGAAAACAAUAUAUCAAUGUACAUUUGAACAACGAAAAAUUUUGUAAAUUACCGGCAUUCCAACUACAAUUAGUCCUACUUUUGAUUUUUGAAAGUUAAUGGUAUAGUGUUCUUUUUAUGUUAACAAUGUCAGUAUGUCAGUACUCAAUGGAAAAUUUUAAAAACCCAUUUUAAAUGGAGGGUGAAAUUAAUUCCAGUAAUGGAUUCAAACUUUAUUCAGGUGUUAUUCAAAUGCACUCACGGUGCAGUUGAUCCCAACAAGGCAAAUGGAGCCCAAGUCUCCUUACUGCAGUAAGCUGAUGGUAUCUCUUUCGGCAGUUUUUCUUCAUAUUUAGACGCGUGUAAAUGCCACAGUGGA